ACGCCCUCACACCUGCAGGGCACGCAGACACCAGCCUGGCCUCUCCCAGGCUAACACACAACAGAGCACCCUACACACACACUCCUCCUACUCCCAAUAGGAAACAAACCGCUCGGAAGCCCAGCAGAACAACACCCGCCUCGGGGAGUGCGGAGGGGAGGGACUCACACUCACUCUCUCUCUCACACACACACACACACACUAAUAGACGAUCGAUUCAGCCAUUAAGCCUGAGCCCUGUAUCUCCUCGCCCCGCCACCCGCCCCCCUCCCUGCUGAGCACAGGCGAUCCCCGCGCCACUGAUCCGGAGCCAGCGCUGCUCCCUCCAUCUCGCGCUCGCUUGCUGUCACUCCGGCGGGCGGGCGGGCGGCUGGCGGGGCCGAGCCCCGCUGCCUGCAGCGCCCUGUGGCUGGGGCAUGUGGGCCGCGGGAGCGAGCGGGGGACGGCAGAGCCGCCCGCACACACAAGGAGAGAUGCUCCGGUCGCCAUGGCAGCGCCAGCACCAGCGAGAGUGAAUCUUGAGCCCUGAAUCUCCAAGGGAGCCUGGGAAAAGGAUCUUCCCUUCUCACUGUCCCCCAGUUGUUCACUGGUUGAGCACUGCACCUUGCCCAGAGGAGGGGGACUUGUAGGAACAGAACAAGCUCUGGGAGUGGCAGAAAGGACAGUGUGCAGGGCUGGUGGUUGGGGCACCCUGGACAGAUUAGAUCAUUGCCUCUCCUUCCCUCCACCCUCCAUUGCCCCUCCUUCCCCCCACCCUUUUACAGCUUCAGCAGGGCUGGGGGGCAGAUAUCAUUAGCUCCCUGAGGCUGUGGUGUUUGGUGAGUGGGGGACUGUGCACUGUGCAUUUGCCAACCCCACCAUUAUGCCCACAGCCUCUCUGAACCCUCUGUUAGCCCUCCCCACACCCUCCAUCCCUUAAGACACCAGAACUGAGAUGCCAAGAUCUGGCACGUAGUUGCAUCCCACUGAAAUAUCUGGACAGGUCUGAGCCCCAGAGACACCUGUUUACUUGGGUGUAGUCCUCACAGGCCCCAGGAAAAGGUGGAACUGAGAGCAGGUCUCACUCAGACUGGGUGUAUAUGGAUGGAGCAUGAAGCAGGGGAUCCAUCUCGGAGGGAGUAAAGGGGGAGAGAGGAUGAACAGAGGGAGAGGAAAUAAAAGAAAGCAUGUGUGGGAGAGAGAGGGGAAGCUCUAACAAGUGAUAGUGAGAAAGACAGAGAAAAGGAGGGAGACAGAAAAGAAAGAGAAGGGAAAGAGAAUAAGGGAGCGAAUAAAUGGAAGUGAUUAAAAGAGUGAAAGAAACAUAACAAGAGAGCAAAAGAGGGAAGGAGCAACAGAUUGAAAGGGUUGCACAAAGAAAGGGAUAGAGAAAAAGAGAGAGCUCUUCCCAUAUGCCCUGUGGCAAUGUUUCUUGGUGACCCCUCCUGUGUAUGCCCCUUGCUUCCUAUCCAGAGCAGAUGAGGCGAGAGUUGUCUGCCCCUGUGCGGGGUCCCUGUGCUUGAUCCUCCUAUCCUGUCUCCAGCUCCCAAGGUGGGAGGCAUGAUGCAUCGUGGUGGGGGUAGUAGCGUGGGUGACCUGUCAGAGUCAACCCUGCACAACAAUUCGUUGUGGUGGCUGGCAUGCGGGCUGCUAGCCCUGCUGGCCAAUUCCUGGAUUAUCCUGAGCAUCACAGCCAAGCAGCAGAAGCACAAACCCCUGGAGCUGCUGCUGUGCUUCCUAGCUGGGACCCACAUCCUCAUGGCGGCUGUUCCCCUCACCACUUAUGCCGUGGUGCAGCUGCGGCGCGAGUCCUCCGAUUAUGACUGGAACGAGAGCAUCUGCAAGGUCUUUGUCUCCACAUACUAUACCCUCGCCCUGGCCACCUGCUUCACAGUGGCUUCCUUGUCCUAUCACCGUAUGUGGAUGGUGAGGUGGCCAGUAAACUACCGGCUGAGUAAUGCCAAGAAGCAGGCUCUGCACGCAGUGAUGGGCAUCUGGAUGGUGUCAUUCAUCCUUUCCACUCUGCCCUCCAUUGGCUGGCACAACAAUGGUGAGCGCUAUUAUGCCCGUGGCUGCCAGUUCAUCGUCAGCAAGAUUGGGCUGGGAUUUGGUGUCUGCUUCAGCCUCCUGCUUCUGGGAGGGAUCAUUAUGGGCUUGGUGUGUGUGGCCAUCACCUUCUACCAGACCCUGUGGGCGCACCAAAGGCACCAAAGAUGUCGUCACCGGCAGACAGAGGAAGCUUCCUCCUCCUUCCCCGCCUCAGCACACAACACCUUCAAUGUGCCAGCCAUCGUUGUAGAGGAUGUCAGGGGCAAGAGGAGGUCAUCGCUGGAUGGCUCAGAGUCAGCCAAGACCUCCAUGCAGAUGACCAACCUCAUCAGCGCCAUUGUCUUCCUGUAUGACACACUCACCGGGGUGCCCAUCUUGGUGGUGAGUUUUUUCAGCCUGCGCUAUGAUACCGCCCCCACCUGGAUGGUGCUGGCAGUGCUCUGGUGCUCCAUGGUUCAGACCUUGCUGCUUCCCUCCUUCAUCUGGUCCUGCGAGCGCUACCGAGCUGAUGUCCGCACUGUGUGGGAGCAGUGCGUGGCCAUCAUGACAGAGGAAGAGGGGGAUGACGAUGGGGCCUGUGAGGAUUACGGCGAUGGGCGGAUCUGCAAGGUGCGAUUUGAUGCCAAUGGCGCUGCGGCUGUGAAACGGGAUCCCAGGGACAUCAAGCUGCUGCCAAUGAGUCACAUGCUGCUGCCCCACGACAGGGUGCACUAUCUGCAGGUCCCCAUCUCCCGGAGAAUGUCCCAUGAUGAGACUAACAUCUUCUCCUCCCACCGCUCCACUCCAUCCUUUCUCCACAAGUGGUCAUCAUCUGAUGACAUCCGAGUCACCACUCCCCGCAAGCCUGGUGGCCCUGGCUUCCUUCCUCCUGAACUUCAUGACUACCACCACCGCCGGCGGCCCCCUGAAAAUGAGCUGACCACUCUCCGACAGUUUCUUGAGGGGGGGCUGGUCCCCAGAGGAUCCAGCUCCAGCGCCUGCUUCUUCAGGGAUGAGAUCACCACAUUCAUCGACGAGACACCUCUGCCCUCCCCAGCCUGCAGUCCACGCCACUCCCGCCUCCCACUCACAUUGCGCUGGGACCGCCGCCUCUCCCUGGGGGGUGCUGAGGAGGAGGAAGAGGGCCCUGAUCGGGUGCGACGCUGCUCACUGUCUGGCAGUGAAGACUGGCAUCUGCAGGACAGACAGCAGGCUAAUGAAAGGACCCUUGAAGCCUGUGAGGCACAUACCUUCAGGGAGCUCAACCUAUGAGACUGCAUCAAAGACAUACACUGCCAUUGGGAUUCUUAAAUAAAACUGUCAAUGUCCCCCAGCUCCUGGGACCCAAUGGAUAAUUUAUGUUCUCAUAUUUCUCAACAGCUGGCAGAAACAAGGCAACCUGCAUGUAUGCUGAGGUGGUUGGGGGAUGAGUGCAACAGGUCUACAUGAAGGAGCCAGGGACAUGAGCAGCCCGUGCCUGCUCACAGGUUAUAAAUAUGACUUGGGGGUUGCCCUCUGUUAGCUCCACCCCUUAUUAGGUCCACGCUCUUAUUAGCUCCACCCAUCACUGAAAAUGCCCCUGAGAGCAGAAGUGGGGACAGAAUAGUAUUAAAAUUCUAUAUUUGGAGUGUCAA